AUGAUACAGCACAAGUCAUUUUAUUUACCAUCAGUUCGAAAUUUUUUUAAGACAAUAUUUUGGUUAUGUAUUUAUACCACAUUGUAUACAUAUGUAAAAGCUGAGGACAGUUCGGCUGACUGUAAAGUCACCAAUGCUACUUCACAACUAACUUAUGACUUGUCAGGCUUGAAAAGAACAGAAGAUUGGAAGAUUGAAUCGAAAGAUUUCAAUUAUAAAUUUAGAAUGAGUGUUUGUAGGGCUUUAAAUGAUCCUGGUAAUGUUAAACAAAAAGAGAAUGCUGGUGUUUGGGGUAGCAAAACUUCCGAGGAAAAUUUAGGCAAUUACAAUAUGACUCCAUAUUUGAUAGAUGAUAUGUUAUUUUUGAAAUACGAAGGAGGUGAAAAUAAUUACUGCAAGACAACAGAUUCGACGUAUUUCUAUACGUCUUUGAUUCGUUUUAUUUGUGAUCAAACGGUUGAUAAAUCAAAUCCUCCAAAGCUCAUCAACGUAUUCAAUGAUUGCGCAUUUUGGUUUGAAUGGAGAACACCUAUUGCAUGUCCUGUAAAGAUGAAUAGUCAGAGUACGAGCCCUAUAGGUGUUUUUUUCACAAUUCUUGGAAUCGCAUUGGCAGUCUACUUUAUAGGCGGAGUUGUAUAUAAUCGAAUAGUUUAUAAUGCUUCAGGGGUACGCCAAAUCCCUCAUUGGGAAUUCUGGAGGGAUACAUUGGAUUUCACUAAGGAUAUGAUUCUGAUAAUACUAGCACAAUGUCCUAUUCCUAUAUUUCAACCAAGACGUCGACCUGGAAACUAUAGAAAUUUGCCAAGAGAUGAGGAACAUAUUUUAAUUGACGAAGAAUUUGAAGAACAUUAA